AUUCAAUUCAUUGACCUUUUGACUCAUCAGACCUGAUCAUGACCUCGCUGUCCGAUUUAUUCGAGUUCUUGGACUCUCCGAAUCCGGCCGCUCGUCAGCUUGCGCUGCAAAACCUCGUCGGCCAUACAGCCAAAAAUGAUCCAGAGAGACACAUCUUCAUUCCUUCCUCGUUCGCUGGAACUUCAGCCAGUGGAGGAGGUCUAUUGCCUGAGAAGCGAAAGCAAGGGAGUGAGCAAGAUGAUAGCAAGAUCAAAGCAUUGAAGGAUCUGGGCAAUCUGUGUACGGAUCAAGCCAUGAUGGCCCAUGAUGCCCUCUCCGCACUUGUCAACCUGUCGGACAAUGUGGCCGUAGCUAGACAUUUGGUGGACAAGGAUUUCCUCGUGUGGCUCGUUUCUUACACUGCCAAUACCACCUCGCCUCUAUCUCCCUUGACGGCCAUGUUGCUCUCCAACCUGACAUCUCAUCCGUCCCUCCUACCACAAAUCAUCAACCUCGAUAUUCCCAUCAUCCCUCUCACACUCUCCAAACAUUAUCCUCCAUGGUAUCUUCCUGCCGCGGCGUCCGCCUCUUCGACGAUACAUCCAGACUGGCGAGACACACGUAUCACAAAGCCUAAUGCCGAGGCGGGUCAAGAGGAAGAGCGGACCGUUGAGGGGCUGAGAGCUCUUGUUCAAGCUUUCGAAGAUGGGGCAGCUGAGGGAGUCAAGGAGGGUAAGGGGAAACGGAAAGGAGAUGUCAAUUUUUUGGCAUCCGUCUUCGCCAACAUCAGCAUGACCCCAAGUACACGUACACUUCUUCUUACGCCUCGUCCCCCCUUCCCGCAACCAUCCACAGCUUCUCCAUCAGAGAACGACGAGCCUCUUCUCUCUAAAAUCGUCAUCUACACCGAACAUCCUGACCUCAUCCGCAGAGGAGGUGCGUUAGGAUGCAUCAAGAACUGUGCUAUGGACAGAGGAAGCAUGGGUUGGCUGUUAGCCUCUGAGCAUGAUCGCGUCCGACUGCCUUCGGACCCAAGUAGGACCGUCAAGGGCGUAGAUGUAUUGCCGUGGGUGCUGAGCCCUCUCAUGGGCCCGGAAGAGUAUGAAAUGGAGGACAUGGAGAAGCUCCCGCCGACCCUGCAAUUCCUGCCUCCUACCAAAGAGAGAGAAAAGGACCCAGUACUGAGGAUGAUGUGCAUCGAGAUCCUUCUCCUCUUAUCUACCACUUUCACCGGCCGAGAGGCCUUGCGCCAGCGCGGAGCCUACAUUGUGGUAAGGGAGCUUCAUAAAGUCGAAACGGACCAAGCGAUCAAAGACGCCAUUGAACGUCUCGUCUCCCUGAUACAAGGAGAAGAAGGACACGAAACGAAGAUGGAGGAGAUCGAUCACUUGGUACGGGGGCAGUCCGGCACAUCUGCUUCAAAGGAGGAAGAUCUAGACGUCGUGGAAGUUUAGAAGUUACCCCCCUCAUGUAGCGCUAAUAGUCCAGAACAAAUGCUGAAGGUACAUAGUGCUAUUGGAACAUCAUGUCUGCCGCCGCUUGGCUUGUAUUCGUUUGGUUGGGACAAGGAACCACAGUAUCAGAUCUGCGCCAAGUAGAGCGACGGUAAAUGGUUGAAGAAUCCAGAUUCCAAA